UGUCAAGGUCGAAUUACAGUAAAAUGUAAACAACGAAAUACACUUUUCAUCAUGCUUCGACCCGAAAUGACGUCCUAUAUUUAACAUUGAAUUGUGUUCUUUUUCUUUAAUAAUUCAAAGUGUGAUUUCAAAUAUAUAUCAUACAGUGAACUUAAGAUAUAUCAAGGUUUUAUCGCUUUAUUUUAUUAUUAACUUUACGUGUAUUCGGAUAGUCACAUUUCAAAAAGGUUAUGCUUCGUCAAGGAAUACUUAGAUGUCAGCGGGCAUUUGCUCCGUCGUUACAAGUUUCAAAGACUACUGUGAAUAGAAAUGGCACGGCUUACGUCAGAACAUGUUACGCUGUCCAGACAAGACGGGCAUCGGCUGCUGCCCCUACCGCUGACACCCUUAAAAAACCGGAUAUGUUUUGCUACCAGUGUGAACAGACGAAGUCAAGGCGUGGGUGUGUUACGGUGGGGGUAUGUGGUAAAUCACCACAGGUCGCCGCCCUGCAAGAUUUACUCAUGUACGUAAUCAAAGGACUAGCCGUACAUGCUAACAGGGCGAUCAAUAUGGGUGUAUAUUCUAAUGAAGAGUGUGAUGAUUUUGUAAAAAAGGCAAUGUUUAGCACGUUAACGAACGUGAACUUUGACCAGGACAGAUUCCCGGAAUACAUAAGACAGGCUGUAGAAUACCGGGAAGAAUUUAGAGUUCCCCUUCUUGCCGCUUAUGCUAAAAGCGGGAAACCAGUGUGCGAGGCCUUAACACAAGGUCCCGCUGUAUGGAAAUCAGAAAAGGGAUACGAAGAUCUAGAUUAUCUCGCUAGUGAAGGGCAUAAAGUGGGUGUGUUGGAAGAUCAACAGAUCUAUGGUCCGGAUAUAAACGGUGUACGAUAUAUGACACUGUAUGGUAUAAAGGGGCUGUCGGCAUAUGCUUGCCACGCGGAUGCGCUGGGUGAGUCAGAUCCAUGGGUGUCAAAAUUUAUAUACAGGGCCCUUGACUUCCUGGAAAGUGCCAGUCAAGCAGACAAAUUUGACUUGGGCUUAAAUCUAAAGCUAGCCCUUGAUGUGGGUGCGACCAAUAUGAGAGUGAUGGAGCUACUUGACAAGGGACACAGGAGGUUGCUAGGUGUACCUACACCCACAAAUGUAUUAUCAACUCCAAAGGCAGGAAAGUGUAUACUGAUAUCAGGACAUGACUUGGUUGACCUUCAUACAUUACUGAAGGCCACAGAGAGCACAGAUAUCAACGUGUACACACACGGAGAAAUGAUGCCGGCACACAUGUAUCCAAAACUGAAUGCAUUUAAGAGUCUUGCAGGGCAUUUUGGUGGAGCAUGGCAGAACCAGAAAAUUGACUUCGCAACAUUUCCGGGACCAGUGCUGGCAUCUACUAACUGUGUUAUUGAACCACUACGCUCGUAUCGUGACAGACUUUACACGCUCAAUGAAACAGGAAUAAAUGGAGUGAAACAUUUAGAUCUCCAUGAUCCUGUUCAGCUUCAGCAACUUCUUGAGCAUGCACAAAGUUUGCCAGGUUUUGAUGCUAAAACAGCAAAUAAGUAUGAGGACCGCAAUCUUGUUGUUGGGUUUGGAAGAGAAGUCAUCUUACAACAUGCAGACACUGUUAUAAAUGCGGUGAAAACUGGCGACUUACAGAGAAUCUGUGUCAUUGGUGGAUGUGACGGCUCGGAACACAAACGGAACUACUUUACCAAUCUUGCCCAAUCCUUACCUGCGCAGACGCUCAUCCUUACCAUGGGAUGUGCUAAAUAUAGACUAAACACUAUCAACUUCGGGACAUUGGGGAAUACAGGUAUUCCCCGACUUUUGGAUAUGGGGCAAUGUAAUGAUAGUUAUGGUGCUAUCAUGGUAGCGAAAGCUCUUGCCGAUGUUUUGGAAACAGACAUAAAUAGUCUGCCUUUAUCAAUUUCACUAUCCUGGUUUGAGCAAAAGGCGGUUGCUGUUUUGUUGUCCUUAUUGAGUCUCGGGGUAAAGAAUAUUAAACUGGGACCGAUUAUGCCUGCAUUCCUUACCCCUGGGGUGAGACAAGCGCUGGAGGAGACGUAUGGCAUUGUGCCAAUUGAUAUCCGACAUCCUAUGGAAGACAUGAACGACAUGCUUCAUAAUUAGACAACUGGUUUCAUAUAGACAUUGAUACAAUGUGAAUAUAUAUAGACAUAUAACAAGGUGAAACCUAUCUCUAAUUAACUUUGUUACGUAAGAAAUUAUAGAUCUAUAACUAAUUGUUAUCUUUCUCUACUUUUGAUGCAAUGGAAAUUGUACAUGUGUACAGUUGUAUUGUUGCAUAUCAACUUUAAUAUGAUGUGAAGGUUAAUACUGUAACAACUUACAUGAUUACCAAGUUACAAUAAAAUGUGAAGUUCAACCUGUUAGAAAAAAAACAACUUUGAUAAGAUGAUCCAUAUCAGCUGUAGGACUUGUAAACUUUUCAAAGUACAUUGUCAUUUACUUAAUGUGAAAAGUCAUAUUUUGUUUAAAGUAAAAUGCACAACUUUAAAACGUAUGUCAGCUAUUUGCUAGUGAUAGCUUUUCUAUUUUUCACAAAUUAUUACUCAAGGACUAUUCAUUUCUAAACUACUAUCUGCUGUAAAUUUAGCUUUUAAGUUUUCAACGUAACCUAAUUAAAGCUAUGACAUAACUGUUUUUAUACUGUGACAGGACAGGUAGUGCCGCAUCUGUUAAAAUAACAAAAUGUGAAAAAAAACAGGGAUUUAAUUAAUUAAAGGAACUUCACUGAGGUGCUUAAGCCUGAAAAUAUAUAAUUUAAAUUUCUUACAUUAGGUUAACGGGGGCACUUGAAACAGAAAGGUCUACAAAAGAUAAUUAAUAAUAAGACUCAGAAAUUAAUUGAAAUAUAAUUGUUUUGCUAUAAACAGUUUAAUUUGAGCGAAAGGCAUUGCAAUGCUUUUCAAUUCGGUUAUUUUUCACAAUUGGAGUAAUCAUUCUGGAAAAACUGAAUAAGCGAUUGCUCUAUGAAACUUUGCACAAAAGUUACUUUACUAGAAGUACAACAAGUGGAACAUUAAUCUCGAAAAUUUGUAUCCAGACCCAUCAUGUCAAAAUACCUCAGUGAGUCCCUUUAAAGUUUUGAAAGCCAGAACUACUUUAGAUACAUUUUAUAUUGCACAUUUAGAAAACUAACACAAUCAAAACUGGAUUGGCAUGGUAAAGGCCUUGUUUUGUUUGGUAGAUGUCAUUAUCCUCAAUAAGCUCUCUCUCAGGCUAAACGUCUCAAUGAUGUAAAUAUUUAUCCCCUGAAACAGUCCUAUCCUUUUAAUUAAAGGACCAAUUUAAUCCUGAUGAAACGGGUGAUUUUAUUAUGUGGUUUCCAUGUAAAAGAAUUUUUUUUAUGAAUUAUUGUUCUUGAGUGUUAUUGUAGUUUUUAUUGUAAUAUAUACAUAUUAUACAUCAUUUUAUAUAUAAAUAUUAGCUGUA